AUGAGGAGACAAUUGUGGUACAAGGAAGGAAAUUGCAAUAUAAUAUUGCAAAAGGAGCCUCCUCCAAACGUUAAAGAUCCGGGAAGUUUCACUAUUCCUUGCACUAUUGGGAAUGUUGAUAUUGGGAGAGCCCUAAUUGUUUUAGGGUCAAGCAUUAAUUUGAUGCCAUUAUCCGUGCUUGAGAAGAUUGGUGGUCUUGAAGUUAAGCCUACAAAGAUGACGUUGCAAAUGGCGGAUAGAUCCACUAAGAAGCCCUAUGGUGUGGUGGAAGAUGUUAUGGUUCGAAUAGACAAACUUAAAUUCCUGGUGGACUUCGUGGUGAUGGAGAUGGAGCAAGAUGUGAAGAUUCCUAUUAUUCUUGGAAGGCUAUGCAUGAAGAUGGCAAAGGUUAUCAUCAAUGUUGAUGAUGGAACUACAAUGCUUAAAGACCAAGAAAAGGAGGUGAUGUUUAGUGUCUUCAAUGCGGAGCAACAAAUUCAAGUGAAAAAGACCAAUCCUAAGGCUGUAGUGGAAGAUGCACCUGUGACUAGUUCUAAAGUUGCUAAGCCGGUCAAGGAAGUGAAAUUCAAGAACAAGUUAUGGGUUGUGAAAGAACUUAAAGCUCAUGGAGUUAUAGAGAUAGAAGCUCCAUAUUGA